CAUACUUAUACCCGGAUGUUUUAAGUGGUAUACAAUGUGCCUUGGUAUACAUGCAUACAGUUAACACAUACGAAAAAUGUAUCGACACAUUACGGUAUCACUACUGCUUAUAUUUCUGUUAAAAGUCACGCUCGCUUUCUGGGUUACCGAAACAACAACAGCCGCGAGUGUACUCAUUCGUCAGAGAAAACCAAAACAGGGGUUUGUCACAAAUUUUGACAACCAAAAGCACGAAACUGUUCAGAAGAGAAAACAACGUUCAGCAUAUCGCCUACCUAUCUCAAACGCAAUGAGUCACCUGCUUGGAUACAGUGGAAACAGUGGGAUUGAAAACUCUACUCACAUCACGAGGGGGGACAAGACCUGCCGGAAAAUCAGCUGUACCAUAAAUCAUUUCGUAAGAUCGUGUGACGAAAAUGGCGGAAACGACACGUGUGUUCCAUGUGCUGCUGGCACAUUUCUGCUGGACAAAACGUCGUCGAUGCAGCACAAUCACGAGUGUGUGACAGUCCCUCCUUGUUAUCCAGAGGCCACCCUGAGUCGAUAUCCGAACUUUUGCGGUGAACAUCGUACCUUCUGCAAGUGUGAUCUUACACGAAACUUCUGUGGUCAUGAUCCUUGUAAUUGUAAAGUAGGACAUUGUUCUUCGGUCUCGGCACCCGUGUUAAAUAUUAACUGUGGCUGUGACAGACUACCAACCGCAGCGAAAACCCCGUCGAUGCCGACACCAACGAAAGCAACUUCAACACAGGCAUCAGUAACCUUCACGACAGCAUCAUUGCAGAAAAUAGUGCCGCCUGCCUGUAUUAAAAAAUAUCGCGGACUUUCAGGAGGAUCUAUUGCUGGAAUCUGUAUUGGAGUCUUUAUAGCCGGCAUUUGCGUUGGUGUUGGUGUUAGUGCUGGCAUUUAUUUCAAUAAAAGGGAUAGAGGCAGUUAUACACUUGCACCAGCUACCGACGGUGAAGAGAAUAGAGCGAUGCAAGAAUUAGGAUCACGUCCCUAACCUGGCCUCGCCUUUCGUACACAUAACUGAUUUUCAGACGAGGUAUGGCUGUAGCCUGUCUUGUAUCAUUCGGCGUUGGCGUUGUUGUUACUGUUGGAAUUUAUUACUAUAAAAGGAAAAGAAAAAAAGCGGGUUGCGGGGAAUGAAGAAAUGCAGACCAUACUCGAGAGCCAACAACCGAGCAAUGACGAUGAAAAUAAAACGGACGAUGCAACAACUAACUUGGGAGCUUCUGGUGGAAACUAGAAUGCCCUUUGUUCGAUUGAAAGAAAAAAGCAGCCAGAAAAAGAAAAAAAAAGAAAAGAAAAAAAACAAGAUGCUCUUCAUUUGAUUUCAUUUACGUGGUUUUCUUAUUUAAUGUGUUUGUUUCAAAAUGUUACAUGAUAUGUAUACAACAUAAAGGCAAUGUUUGGAUGCAGAGAGCACAUACAGCAAACGUAAUAAAAGGCUAAAACAAGAGUGAAAUGUCGGUGUGAAAAACUUGUGAUAUACGUCCACCCGGAAAGUUACAGACGAGAACAAAUACAUCUAUUACAACAGGUAUGGUUAAAUAUAACCUAAAACAUUUUUCAGCUUUAAUUUAAAAGAGAAAUUGUUCAACGAUGGCAUGGUGAAUAUAAAACUGAAUCACAAAGCUGUUUCGCCCUUCUGGACUCCGUCAGUGAUAAAAAUGACACCACACAGCUGUUUCGUCCUCCCUUAAGUCGUCAUUGAUGCUUGUGACCAAUAAUAUUGAAAUCCAGAAAGGAAGCUGGUCUCAAACAAUUUGUUAAAAAUAUAGAAGAGGAGGUACAAUGAUAAAUCAAAUUUCAGAUAUUGGUUUAUCUAUCAGGAUAUGUAUGAAAAGUCUGCACAGUUGAAAGUUUUCCUGAAAAAUAGACGUGACACAACAUGUUAACGAACUCAUCAGUGGUGAUAUAAACAAAACGUGCAGAAAUUUAGAACGCAAAGUAGCGAAAAAUGGGCCCAAACAAUUUUAAAAGACAGAAGGGGUGGGGUAUAGUUAUUUCUUUUGGCGACAUUGCAAUUUAUACAAUGGGCGUCAGUUGUGACCAACGGCUGCCUGGGAAAUCUGGCUCCUUUUUGUGAGUGAUUAUCAAAAUUUGAAAUUGUCGCGUCAGUUCCUGCGUGUAUGGACAUUAAGUUUUGAUCGAAAUGCAUGAUGUACCUUUACUUCAAUGAGAGUUCAGUGUCUACCGUUAAAUCAAUGUUUAUCACAGUAGUCUACCAUUUACAUAAUCUAUCAUUAUUGUUUUUGUUUACUCCACGAAGAUUUUAUCAAUACAACAAUUAAAUUACAUUGAUAAAUAAUAAUAAUAAUAAUAAUUUGCUGUUUGAGUUCCUUUUUUUUAUCUUCCCGACUCCCCUCUGUAAAUCCAGACCCCUAGAGCGAUUAUUCACUAUUGCACUUUGAAACAUUUUUGUCAAUGACAUUUUCCUCAAAAUUAGGUUACAUAGGUGUGUAACUAUGUAUAUGACAACACUGUUAGUUACUCAAAUAUACAUCUUCAAGCUCUUAAGGCUUAAUAGGAAUUGGAUGAUUAAUACGGUUUGGUUUAAGGAUAAUCACAUGAAAGCCUCCCGAUAAAAAAUUAGUCAAUAUUUAUUGGGGACCCAACCAACUGAAGCAUUAAGAAAUUGGAAUGGAUACCGCAACGUGCCCUGGGGUUUUCUACCGGGAUUAUAUGUCAUAUUUUAAGGGUCAUGUAAAUAGCAAAUGCAGUGAUAUUUUUACAAGCGUAUAGAUCAUUAUUCUAGUGCAAUGGAGCAGAAGUAACUUGACCAAUUGUUAAUAUGUAUAUACAUGGACAUUGCUGUUGAUAAUUUGGAAAGCCACCGGUUAGUUUCGGCAAAACAUGCGUAAACUGAAAGUUUAAGGAGAACGCAGAAAGUUCAUGUGGAUAUGAUAUAUUGCAAAUGCUAUUAUGCUCACUAGUGUCUAUAACAUCGUGGAGCAUUUGUUUUACCGGAUUUUAUUCCAUGAAAAAAAAAACCCAAAAAACAUCGAUUGUCUUUUGGCCUUAAAAUGCAAAUGGCGGCUAAAAAUUAGUUUGCACAAAUAUUGCAUAUAGGGAGGAAUUUUAAUUGCUAAAAACACCCAUAUUGUUUAGACAUCUAAGCACUGUUAGAGUAAUGUUUUCGAGACUAACGGUUAAACAAUGGAGUUUUUUUUUUUUUUUUUUUUUGCAGAAAUCUGCUUAUUUUACCUCAAGCCCUGCAUUGAACUGUUUUCCCUAAAGCCGGGUUUCUAGUUAUGUUUAGAGUUUUUUUAUAGUGUCUAAAAAGAGUAUCUUUUUAUAUUAUUCACAGCAUUUCAAGGUCAAAAGAGAAUGGAUCUGCUAAAACAAAUACUCCAUUACCUAUUACAGACAUUGGCGAGCAUAACGGCAUGGUUAUUUUGUGCAACAUACGCGGUCCACAUGAGCUUUAAAUGCAUUCUACACACAUCAAAUUAAAUAUCAACAGCUACUUAUGGUUGGUCGUGAUACAUACUAACAAUUGAUCAGGUUACUUCUGUUUAAUCGCAACAGAAUAGUGAUUUAUAAGCAUGUAAACUAUCAUUUGACUUACAAUUUACAUGAACCUUAUUCAGAGGAAGUAUGUUUUUAUACGUACAGAGACCAAAUGACACAGAAUAUAAGUUUUUGAAAAAAUGGAAAGAACAUUUCUCUUUAAAAUGUGCAUGAUCAUAAAGAUUACUAUCAAUUUAACUUUUCAUCUUAUAUUUUCAAGAAAAAAAGCGGAAUGCAAGGAGGCCUGAUCCUCACAAAGAGUCAGUUGUAGGAUAUCAGCCAGUGAAAGGGGAAGAUGAAGGAGGAACGAGCGGUGUAUCGGAUACUGUGGAGACCGUGGGAGGCGAUCACGCUUCAUAAUGACUUUUAAUCGUAAAAAAAACGCUCUUCAUUUGAUUUUAUUUCCGUCUUUUUCAUAUUCAAUUUGUUUGCUGCAAAAUGUCACAUGACAUGUAUAUAACAAUACAUUAAAUAUUAGUGAAAUAUCUGUGUGAUAUCCGUCAACCAGGAAAAAAUACAGCGAUAUUCAACAGGACAUACGGACACCACAAUUUGGAAACAAAUAUAUCUAUUGCAAUAGGUAUUGUAAAUACAAACUGGAACAUUUUUCGUGGUACAAAAGGUUUGAAAGCGGGCAACACCUUCAAACAUCAAUUAUAAUUAAUUAAAGGGACAUUCCUUCGUUCGGACAUCAGAAACAUGCACAAUUUGUAAUGAUGAAAUCUAUGUCCGAACGGUGAUCAUAUGAGUGUUUGUGCCUACAUGUAAUGAAAUUUUCGCCGAAAUGUACAAGUAAACGACGUAUACAAAUUUCGUCUUUGCGGUAAUUAGUGAUACUUCGGGUCGAAUUAAGACUUUAGUUUAUUUUAAGAGUAAAACUGCCUUACUAAUGUAAAGAUUAUAAUUUUUACUAUUUUGAAGAAACAAAAUAAAUACAUAUCUUCCAGUGAGUUUAAUUUUGACCACCUAAACUUUAUUCAAACGAAGGAAUGCCCUUUCAAUUAAUACAAUGAAUGUUGCAUUGUGAAUAUAAAAGUGAAUCACA